AUGGGGUCACUUGGUAUCAAUGUGGAUCAAUUGAAAGCAAGCCUGUCAAAGUCGGCUGCGGUCGUGACGACGGAAUCGUCCGCAGAAGAAUAUCAACAAAGCAUCAAGCGUUGGGCAACAAAUUCAGAGAAGCCGGCGGUAAGUGUGGAUUGCAGCACCAAUCCAAUGGUAUCUCAGUUCAAAUAAAAGAGCUCAGACUUACUCCAUCUCAGAGAAUUGUCAUUUAUCCAGCAACGGUAGAAGAUGUUUCUAAAGCAGUUCUCUUCGGUGUUGCUAGCAAACUCGAGGUGGUCACCGUCGGUGGAAGACACUCUGCAGCAGGGACUUCGUCUCGCGAGGGGGGAAUCUGCAUCGAUUUGGGCAAGAUGCGGAAUGUCACCGUUGAUGCCGAGAAAAAGACAGCUACUGCUCAAGGUGGAUGCCGAUGGAUUGAUGUGGAUUCUGAGCUUGCAAAAUUCGGGCUUGCUACGGUUGGUGGUACGGUGAACGAUACUGGUGUUGGAGGACUUACGCUUGGUGGUGGGUAUGGAUGGCUUACCGGCACGUACGGAUUGGUCAUCGACAACUUGAUCGAAGUCGAAGUGGUUCUUGUAGAUGGCAGUGUUGUGAAGGCCUCAGAGAUUGAAAACCCGGACCUGUUUUGGGGGAUCCGAGGAGCCGGGAUCAAUUUUGGUAUUGUGACAUCCUUCACGUACCAAGCAUAUGAACGUAGGUGACGUACGCUUUCCGCUGAGUCCUCCUGCUGCUUUCGAUGUUGGGCCAAAAGACUAACUCCAUGGUAUAGAGGGACCAGUCUGGGCUGGUCAACUCGUCUUCACAAAGGAACGAAUCAUCCCAGUUUUUCAUAUCGCUAACCACCUCUUGGCUACGAGCAAUGGCCGAAGUACAAUGUUCACUGCUUUUGCAGCACCGCCCCCGGCUCACCAACCAGUUGUUCUGGUUGUUGUGUUCUUUAACGGAUCAGAAGAAGAAGGAAAUGACUUUUUCGAGCCGUUGAUUUCUCUCGGUCCACUGGUCAACACGACAGCUUCCAUGCCGUAUGAAAACGUAAAUACCCUUGUCGGACAGGCAUUAGAACCAGGGUUCCGUCGAUUGAUGAAAGGUUCGAGUACAUUACAUCCACUCGAUCCCGAGCUCGCUGAAGAAUUGGCUCGCGAUUACGAGGAGUUCAUUACCCGGUUUCCAGAUGCGAAUCUUACGAUAGUCCUCUUUGAAUACUAUCCAGUAAUGAAGAUCAUGGAUGUCCCUCAAACGGCGACCGCCUUUGCAAAUCGGGGCGCAACCGUGGGUUUGACUUUUAUCCCUGGUUGGACCAAAGAAGAAUUUGAUAUUCCGUGUCGUGACUGGGCUCGGGAGAUGUCCAAGAAGACUAAAGACUAUCGUUUGAAGAGCUUAGAGUAUACCAAAGUUGAUGAGAAUACUCAAGUUUGUGUUGGGGAGUAUUCUAAUCAUGAUGGUAAUUUACACCUGACCACAUUUUUGGGUUUCGUUAACACCAAUUAGGACUUGGCGAUGGUCCCGAGGUUAUCUAUGGGCUCAACUACCCUAGACUGGUUGAGCUCAAGCAAAGGUUUGAUCUAGAGAACUUCUUUGGUAAUGGACGAAACAGCAUCAUUCAGAAGCCAAGAUAA